AGAGUAACCAUGAAGCUUGUGAUCUUGGCUUUGCUCAUUGCUGGUGCCUAUGGAUGUGGGCUACCUACCUUUCCACCCAUGGUGAACAGGGUGGUUGGAGGUGAAGAUGUCAGACCCCACAGCUGGCCCUGGCAGGCCUCUCUGCAAUACAAAACUAGCAGCAGCUACUUCCACACCUGUGGAGGUACUCUGAUCUCCAACCAGUGGGUUCUUACUGCUGCUCACUGCAUCAGUAGUCGCACCUACAGAGUGUACCUGGGCAAGCACAGCAUGAACACUCCCAACGAGAAGGGCUCCAUUGCCAUCGCACCUGCUAAGAUCAUUGUCCACGAGCUGUGGGAUUCUGCCAGGAUACGCAAUGACAUUGCCUUGAUCAAGCUGCAGACCCCUGUCCAGUUUUCAGACACCAUUAAACCUGCCUGUCUGCCCAAGGAUGGACAGGUCCUACCUAACGCCACUCCCUGCUACGUCACUGGCUGGGGCCGUCUCUGGACCGGAGGUCCCACUCCUGACAUCCUGCAGCAGGCUCUGCUCCCUGUGGUCGACCACCAGACCUGCUCCCAGCCAGACUGGUGGGGCAGUCUGGUCACUGGGAAAAUGGUGUGCGCUGGAGGAGAUGGCCUGCUGUCCAGCUGCAAUGGUGACUCUGGGGGCCCACUGAACUGCCAGAGCGCUAAUGGCUCCUGGGACGUUCAGGGAGUGGUGAGCUUUGGCUCCAGUCUGGGCUGCAACUACCCCAAGAAGCCCUCCGUUUUUACCCGUGUUGCCUCCUAUAGCUCCUGGAUCAACAAAGUGAUGACCACAAAUUGACCUACAGUGUGAACAAAGGAAAAUGUAAAAUUAAUAAUGAACAUGUAAAAUUAAUAAAAGAGGUUAUGAACAAU